AUGUUAUGUCGUCGGAUUUGGCGGUGUCCAGGCGCGGCCUCCGGAGCGGUGAGCUCCAAUAGGGAUGGCAACUACGCUGGAAGCUUGGUGCAAUCACUUUCGCUCUUUACCCAUAAUUUCUACGAGAAAUUACCUUUUGCGAGCGUUUCCGCAGCUUCAGGGAGGGGCAUGGGGGAUUUUGAGGGGGCCCUGCUUUUGGCAACGCGCCAGUAUUUUGAGGAAAAACAACCUCAACACAGGAAGCGAGAGAAUGAAAGCAACGAGGAGCGAGCCGCCGAGUCAGAAAGAACGCCCCGCGAAUGCAAGAAGGACAGGGAGACAGAGACGCGGUAG